AAUGUUGAACAACUCCAAAAAGUAGAAAAGUAAGUCUAAAAAGUUGUCAAAGUCAAAGGAUUUAGAACUGAAAUCUAGAUGUGAGAGCGCUAAUUUCAAAUCUGAAUAGGCGGCAUGCUAAUAUGAGUAUUAAAUAUUUACAUUUGAUAGACAAACUACAAUAAAAAAGGUUAAGAAUGAAAAGGACAUAUCCCCCAUUCUUGAGGAAGAAAUUCCUUUUGGUUCUUAGAUUAUAUAAUAAUCUAAUUUGUAGGAUUAUGAUAAAUUAAUAUGUGAAGAAGUUGUUAAAGACUUUAACUCAUUCACAUUCAAUAAUUCAUUAGAACAUUAAAUUAGUUAGGAAGAUGAGUAAGAAACUUUAUCAGAAUUUAUGAGAGAAUAAGUAAAAUACGAAGAAAAUUAUAGUUAUAAAAAAAAUUAUCUCAAUAAUUAGAAUGAAAUUUAAAGUCAUAUGGUUCCAAUUUUAUUUGAUUGGCUUAUUGAAGUUGCUCAUUCAUUUCAUUUCAAAAGAGAAACCUUUUAUUUGUCUAUAAAUUAUGUUGAAAGAUACUUAUUAAGACAACCAAAUGUUCUUAUAUCAAAAUUUCAACUUUUAGGAGUGGCAGCUAUCUUUAUAGCUCAUAAAUGUGAAGAAAUCUAUCCAAAAACAUUAAAGGAUUUUCAUAGAUUAAUACAAGAUUAAUAUACAAUAUAAGAGAUAGAGUAAAUGGAAGUUUAAAUAUUGAAAUCACUUGAUUUUAGAAUGUAUCCAAAUACUCCCAUAUUUUGGUUAAAUUAUUAUACCAAAAUAUGGGAUGAAUUCAUUAUAGAUAAAGAUCCUUGUAUUAUGUUUAAGGAAAGAACAAAUGAAGCAUAUUAUAGAUAUAGAGAAUUAGUAUAGUUAUUUGAUGUUUGUUUAAUAGAUUAUUAAUAUAAACAUAAUGAAAAGUUAACUAUUUUAAGUUUAAUAUAUUUGGUUGUUGCCAAAUAAUUAUAAAUAUUUGAUGAUUAUGAAACUAUGGCUAUGUCAUAAUCAGAAAUUUGUGAUUUCUUUAAUUCUGAUGAAUAAGAAUAUAACAAAUUAUUUAGAUAAUUUAUACUCAAAUCAGAGAUCUAUUUAGAAUUUGAUAGACAAAUCUUUUAUGAAGAUUUAAGUGAUGUGAUAUGUUAAUUAGUAAAGUAUUUCAUCCUUAGAUUUGAUAAUUCAUUACCAAGAGUUUUAUUAAAUAACCAAUAGUUUAUAGAUGAAGUAAUAUAUCUAUGUUAUUAAAUAGAUGUAACAUGAAGAAUUACUAUCAUUUUAGACAUACAAUAAAAGUACAAUAGAAACUAUCACAAUUAUUUAAAAACAAAAUUAAUGA